GCUCAUUGUGGAACGUCUCCAGCUCGCGAUCGCUCGAUUCUCGUGCUCGCGUGUGAAAGCCCCAAAAUGCUGAGGAUCUUUCUGUGCGGAUUUCUGCUACAAUUCGCCCUGCUUAUCAAUGCCACCGGGUUCUAUUCGGUGGUUGGGCCUGGCACCAUCCGCUCCAACUCCAAGUAUAAUGUCGCCGUCUCUAUCCACAAGGCAGAUGGACCUAGUCACAUAAAAGUCAGCUUGAAUGGACCCUCCUUCAAUGAGACCAAGGAAAUCGAAGUGUCGCCAAUGUCCACGAAGAAUGUGGAGUUCGAGGUGCCAAAACUGGCCACUGGGGACUACAACCUGACCGCUGAGGGAGUAUCUGGGCUGGUGUUUAGGAACACUUCCAAACUGAAUUAUGCCAACGAGAAGCCCUCGACCUUCGUUCAGACCGACAAGGCCACCUACAAGCCAGCUGACUUGGUGCAAUUCCGCAUCCUCUUCCUGGAUGAGAACACCCGACCCGCCAAGAUCGAGAAGCCCAUUUCGGUUGUGAUUACCGACGGGGCCCAGAACAGGAUCAAGCAGUUUACGGACGUCAAGUUGACCAAGGGAGUCUAUUCCGGGGAGCUCCAACUGUCCGAGCAACCUGUCCUGGGCACCUGGAAGAUCUCGGUCAGUGUGGAUGGCGAAAACCGGGAGAGCAAGUCCUUUGAGGUGGACAAGUACGUGCUGCCCAAGUUCGAGGUGACCAUAGACACCGCCAAGGACGUGGUGAUAGCCGACCAAGUGAUCAAGGCCACAAUUAGGGCCAAGUACACCUAUGGAAAGCCAGUUAAGGGAAAGGCAACAGUGUCUAUGGAACAGAAUUAUGGAUAUGAUUACAGUUCCCAGGAAAAGCAGCUUAAAACGGUCGACGUGGAUGGCAAGGGUCAUGUGGAGUUCGACAUUAAGUAUCUGCAAAACAGCUCUUGGACCCCACCCAUGCGAAUCUUUGCCGUUGUCACCGAGGAACUGACUGGCAAUAAGCAGAACGCGUCUACCACUGUGAACCUUCAUCAGGAGCGUUUCAAAAUAGAAAAUUUCGAAAAGCCCGAGCACUUCCAUCUGAACAAGUCGUUUGUCUAUCAGGUUGCAGUGAAGAACGUGGAUGGGUCGCCGGUGACGGCCUCCGCUAAGAAGGUGAAGUUGCGGUUUGAAAAUGCCCAGUACUAUUUUUCUGGCCCUCCCACAGAACACGGCAUAGAUUUUGAGGCACCUGUGAACGAAAAUGGCAUUGCGACCUUUAGUAUAACUUUGUCCGACAGCGAAGUCAAAUACUAUCGUGUGAUGGCCACUUUUGACGGAUCCCAGAGUACCAUUGGAACCAUCGGCAAGUUCCAACCCGUAAUGGAGGUGCGGGAUCCUCUAAGGAUACAACUCAACACGAAAACGCCACGAUUAGGAGAGCGAGUUUCCUUUGAUGUAACAUCGAUGGAGGAUAUUCCCUAUUUUGUGUACACAAUUGUGGCCAGAGGAAACAUUGUGCUCAGCGAAUACGUGGAUGUUCCCGAGGGUGACAAGACCUACACGGUUAAGUUUUUUCCCACCUUUGACAUGGUGCCAUCGGCUACGAUCUACAUCCAUUAUGUCAUCAACGACGAUCUGCACUUUGAGGAGAAAACCAUAGAGUUCGAGAAGGAGUUUAGUAACUCGAUUGAUAUCUCCGCUCCUGUCAGUGCCAAGCCCAGUGAAGAAAUUAAGCUGCAAGUGAAAACCGAUCCAGACUCCUUUGUGGGCCUUCUGGGAGUGGAUCAGAGUGUCCUGCUCCUCAAGUCUGGCAACGAUCUCAGCCGAGAUGAUAUCUUCAAUAGUCUCAACAAGUACAAGACGUCGACACCCUGGCAGCGGGGCUACGGAAAAUAUCCUGGCGAAACCUCGGGCCUGGUGACGCUAACAAAUGCCAACUAUCCUUACAAUACGGACUUUCCUGAUUAUGUUGAAGAUGACCCAGGAAUUUACUUGGAAGAAGAGUUUGAAUUAGGUAACAGGGGUCCACUUCCUGCAGUUCAAAACUUUCCCGGUAGCAGCGAGGUUCCUGUUUCACCAGAGAAGGCGCGUAUAAACUUCGCCGAAGUCUGGAUAUGGCAAUCCAUUGGCCCAAGUGUGGAAGGUGAUGGCUUCUCCUUGACCAAGAAGAUCCCGGACACUAUAACCUCUUGGGUUGUUACUGGCUUUUCACUGAACCCCACCUCGGGCAUCGCUCUGACCAAGAACCCCAGCAAAAUCCGAGUGUUCCAGCCAUUCUUUGUGUCCACCAACCUUCCGUAUUCCGUCAAGAGGGGCGAAGUAAUUGCCAUUCCCGUUGUGAUAUUCAACUAUCUCGACAAGACUGUCGACGCGGAGGUCGUGAUGGACAACUCCGACAAGGAAUACGAGUUCACCGAGGCCACCAAUGAGGUCUUGGAGAAGGCCAUUGAUGAGGUGCGUCGCGUCAAACGGGUUACGAUCCCGGCUAACAGUGGCAAGAGCGUCUCCUUCAUGAUCCGACCGAAGAACGUGGGAUCCACCACCCUCAAAAUCACGGCUACCUCGCCACUAGCAGGAGACACCAUCCACCAGAAAUUGAAGGUAGAGCCAGAGGGAGUCACACAGUUCGAGAACCGGGCGGUCUUCAUCAACCUGAAGGAUCAGCCGGAGGUUUCCCAGUCCCUGGAGGCGGAGAUACCCGCCGAAGCUGUGCCUCAGUCCGAGUUCAUAGAGUUUUCUGUGGUGGGCGAUCUGCUGGGCCCCACUCUCCAGAAUCUUGACAACUUGGUGCGCAUGCCUUACGGCUGCGGAGAGCAGAACAUGGUUAACUUCGUUCCCAACAUCCUGGUGCUAAAGUAUCUGGAGGUAACUGGCCGACGCAUGCCGGCUGUCGAGACCAAGGCCAAGAAGUUCCUGGAGAUCGGCUACCAGAGAGAGCUGACCUACAAGCACGAUGACGGGUCCUACAGCGCCUUUGGCAAGUCGGAUCCCGCUGGAAGCACCUGGCUCACCGCCUACGUGAUGCGCUCCUUCCACCAGGCUGGGAAGUACACUGAUGUGGAUCCCAAGGUCGUGGGCGCAGGCCUCGACUUCCUCGUCUCAAAGCAGAAAGAGAGCGGCGAGUUCCCUGAGGUGGGAAAGCUCUUCGACAACUCAAACCAAAAUGCCCUGGCACUCACCUCGUUCGUCCUGCUGGCCUUCUUCGAGAAUGAUGAACUCAUUCCGAAGUACCAGAGUUCGAUCGAGAAGGCGGUUCGCUAUGUGGCCGAGGAGGUGGACAAGACGGACGACCAGUAUUCCCUGGCUAUUGCCGCCGUUGCUCUUCAGCUGGCUAAGCACCCGCAGGCGGAGAAGGUUUUGGCCAAGUUGGAGGGAGUGGCUCGGAAUGAGAACGAUAGGAAGUGGUGGUCCAAGGCUCCAGAAACGACUGGGGAGAACAGCCGUAUCUUCCACUGGAAGCCACGCAGCAACGACGUGGAGAUCACCUCCUAUGUGCUGCUCGCUCUGCUCGAGAAGGAACCCGCGGAGAAGGCCCUGCCCAUCAUCAAAUGGCUGAUCUCUCAACGCAACAGCAACGGAGGGUUCUCCUCCACCCAGGACACUGUGAUUGGACUGCAGGCCCUGACCAAGUUCGCCUUCAAGACUGGAUCUGGAUCUGGCAACAUGGACAUCGAGUUCGUGUCAUCGCCGGAUGGCGGAUCCAAGGAAUCGAUCGCUGUGAACCCGGAGAACUCCUUGGUAUUGCAGACCCAUGUGCUGCCGAAAACCACUCGCAAGGUGGACUUCACGGCGAAGGGCUCUGGAUCUGCGAUGGUGCAGUUCUCGUACCGCUACAACCUGGCCGAGAAGGAGAAGAAGCCAAGCUUCAAGGUUACGCCAACGGUCAAGGACUCGCCUAGCCAGCUGCUGGUGGUGGACAUCUGCGCCGAAUACAUUCCUCUGGAGGAAGGCGACAAGGACAAGGACUCAAACAUGGCUGUCAUGGAGAUCGCCCUGCCCUCCGGUUACGUGGGAGAUGCCGACAGCCUGGGCAAGAUCGAGGCCGUGGACCGCGUGAAGCGGGUGGAGACCAAGAACGCCGACUCCACGGUGGUCGUCUACUUCGACAGCCUGACUCCCGGGGACGUGAGGUGCCUGCCGGUGGAGGCCUCCAAGGCUCACGCGGUGGCCAAGCAGAAGCCAGCCUCCGUCUCCCUCUACGACUACUACGACACGGAGCGCAAGGCCACCGAGUACUACCAGGUGAAGUCCUCGCUCUGCGACAUUUGCGAGGGCUCUGACUGCGGAGAGGGCUGCAAGAAAGCCUAAGGGCUGGAGGGAUAAGUGUAUUUGCUCCGGAACAUUAAAUAAAUACUUUUGAAUUUUA